AUGAACGCGCUCACUUUCCGCAUCGCAACCGAAGCAGACGCGUCUGAACUUCAACAAUUGGUGGAAUCUGCAUUCCGUGCCAAUGACAGCAGAAAUGGCUGGACCGAUGACCUAGGACUCUCAUCAAGCUUCCGAAUCGACGUGGAAGAAAUUCUGGCCAUGAUCAUCAAGCCGGACAGUGUUAUGCUGAUGGCAACCAACGAUCUCAACACGCUCGUCGGCUCAAUCGGGACUGCUAAGCGUGGCCCCAAUAACGCUCGACUCUUCAUGCUCGCUAUUGAUCCGAGCCAGCAGCGCAGCGGCAUUGGUCGUCAGGUCUUGGCUUACGCUGAGGGCUAUUGUCGACGGACCUGGGGUGUCACGACGCUGGAGUUGAACGCACUUUCCAAUCGCAAGCAACUAAUAUCAUGGUAUUCGCGUCAUGGAUACCGGGAGACGGGCAAAACGACUGUUUUUCCUCGUGAGAAAUUUGAAAAACUGGCAUUGCCAGAAAGUCUUUGUUUUGUCGAGUUUGAGAAAGUUUUGGGAGAGCCUGAUGCACGCGCUACUUGA